CGUCGCGUACCGCUUCACGGCACUGAGUCUCGCGAUGGCUCGAUGCACACCGUCAUCAGUCUCAUAUGUCUGAUAUGGUUCAUCGUCGUCUGGUUAGUGUGCGCUAUUGGUGUAAUUCAAUUAUUCCGAUACUACUCUCGUAAACCUGCACCGGCAAUUUGCCUCACAGACCUCAACGAAGAUGACGUACCACAUGUCACCAUCAUCCGACCGGUGAAGGGUUUAGAACCUAGGCUGUACGAGUGCCUCGCAGCGACAUUCCGAACAACAUACCCGAAGAGCAAGCUCACUAUCAGCUUCUGCAUAUCUUCUCGCAGUGAUCCUGCCUUACCGAUCCUUCUGCAGCUGCUCCACGAUUUCCCCGAGUUCGAUGCACGACUCUACGUGGAGGAUGAGGACCCCCUUCUACGUGACGACAGCGAGGCGCUAGGGCCGAAUCCCAAGAUACGGAACAUGAGUCGCGCGUAUAAGGAAGCCAAAGGUGAUAUUGUGUGGAUACUAGAUUGUAAUGUCUGGGUGGGAAAGGGGGUCUGUGGCCGUCUGGUUGAUUUACUUUGCGGAUUUGGGAAGGGCAUCCAGUACAAGUUCGUGCACCAGACACCCCUCACCAUAGACUUGGAUGGUCAGGAUAUGUCCUCCGAGGAUAGGAAUCAGCUUUUGGGUGGUCAUCAGAGUACCACCGUGGAUCUGGCGGCCAGCACUAGUUCAGACCCACGAAACCAUGCCCGGGGGCGAUUUAGGAAGCUGAUGCAGAGGGGUGGCGGACGUUUGGACGAAGCAUUCAUGUCAAGUGCACAUGCGAAAUUCUACAACGCGAUCAACACCGUUUUGGUAGCCCCCUGUGUCAUGGGAAAGAGCACAAUGUUCCGUCGCUCACACCUUAAUUACGCGACUCGAGGCACACCAGGCCGAUCUCCGGGAUUGGACGUCUUCUCAGAUAACAUAUGUGAAGAUCACCUUAUUGGCGACGCUCUCUGGAAGAAGCCUCAGCCAUUCGAGGAGCGUGGAUACCAGCCAGCACCAGGAGAACACAUUGGAAGGUGGGGCAAGCAUGGGAUGCUAUUCGGAGACUUCUGCUUUCAACCCAUGUCCCACACUUCUGUCAUCGCAACAAUCGAUCGAAGGGUCCGGUGGCUGCGUGUUCGCAAGUUCACAGUCACAGCCGCCACAUUCGUAGAACCCGGCACAGAGGCUAUAGUUUGUAGCUUGUUCGGCGCGUAUGCCCUGACUUCUCUCGCGAUCUUUCCGGAAAGUUUGGUCUCCCAGACUUGGUCUGCAUUUGCUGUAGUCUGGCUUCUGAGCAUGUCGGCAUGGUGUCUUGUCGACUAUAUUCAGUAUCUUUUGCUUCAUAGCACCAAGACCAUAGAAGUGGAUGAGCACACCCCCGAUUUCAUAUUGCCUCAGCGCUUGAACGCUCCCGUAUCAACCUCUACAUCUAAGACCCCGUUAUUGAAUACGGACUAUCGCACUCCUAGCCUGCUAGAUGGGCGGAGAAGAACGUUUAGGCAAUGGUGGUUUGCUUGGGUUGGACGAGAGCUGAGCGCGUUUCCUAUUUGGACCUGGGCAUUCUGGGGCGGCGUUACUGUAGAAUGGAGAGGCAGGAAAUUUUGGGUUGGGUUGGAUAUGAAGGUUCACGAGAUACAACCAAAAUGAUUAAAGACACAGCAGGGGUGGUGGCGAGAGAAUGACCCUACACCCAGAAAUGACGAAGCAAAGACAGAGGAAUCACAUGAGUAAAUAGAAUCAAAUGCAUAUAUUCGUGAAGGCGUCUUCCUCCUCCUUUCUUCUGACCAAGAAAGGUGGCUAACCUGCACGUAAAUUGGAAAGCCGCGCACCAGAUUGAUU